AUAAAUUAUUUUUUUAUUACAAAAAUGUUGUUAUAUCAUGUUAUUAUCAAAGAACGAUCUGAGUUUAACAACUUUUUAACAAUACAAUUAACCUAGAAUUAUUAUAUAAAGUUCAUCUAACAGAAACUGAAAUGUUAUAUUUUUUUUAGUCUACAAAUACUCAUGUAAUAUUUUUUUUAUGUUUUAACCGUGUAGAAAAUUCUAAGCUAUGACUUAAUUUUGUCUGCAUCUAAUGCUAAUGCUAUAGUAUGCAAUUGGGACCUGACACAACCCAACAUCUGUGUCUUAAAUUCAGCCUUGCCAAAUGUUGGGGUUUCUUCAACCCAAACCAUAAUCUCAUAUCAAGCUAGAUUUAAGAUGGGUUAGAUUGAUGGCAGAUUGGAUCGAGUUGGAUGGGGAUGAUUUAGUUAAAUGGAGGAUAAAACUCUCUCACCGCCGUAUUAUUACACAACCACCUAACCCAAUUAGCAUGUUGGACCAACAAGAUUUAGAGUAUGCUCAACUCAAGUUGUAGCCAUAUAAUGAUUUCAAACAUAUCAUAAUUUGUGUUUCGGAAUAAUGUAGAAUGUGGAUUAGGUAUGCCACAAAAAAAAAAAAAAUAUAACCCAUCCAAUUGGGCAUCAAAUUGGAACUCAUGCUCAAGUACUUUUUUUGAACCUGCUUCAUAACAAAUUUAGUAGUUAUACACAUUAAAAGAUCAUAAGAAAUUUGACUUCACAUUGGGCUUAUGCUUUAAUGAGCCUGAUAAUUAUAUUUCACAUUUGGUUAUUUUGGGAGGACAUACCUUGAUUAGAUCAGGCCAAUGCUUUUAAUCUAGUUAUAUAUGAUAUAUCAAAUCCAUUCAAGUUGGGACUUGGGAGCAGCCUCAAACUAGAUGACCUGGCCUGGACUUUGGUUUGAAUUGAAGGACCUAAAUCUGAUACUAAACUUGAUCAUGGCCUGUCCACAAAGCAGCCAAGUCAUGCACAAAAACAGUUUUAAUUGUGUGUGAAAGCAGGUUUAUCUUUGUAUAAAAGAUCAAAAGUAAAAUGUUAGCAGUCAUAUUAGAAACUAGUUGACAAGUUCUCUCUGUCUUUUCCUAAUAUAUAAAUGGUAGGUUGAUUCAUGAGUGCACGUUUCCUAAUUUUCUUCUCGAUAUAAAAGCCUAACCUUCCAGACCUGGUAGGUUCUUGUAGACUAUUUUAAUGGAUAUUUGUUUGUGUUUUUUUAGUAGAUGAAUCCACUUUUCUUCUUAAAACAACAACAACAACAAAAAAAAAACCCCAAAAUCUCAAGUAGAUGAGUGCAAUCCAACUGCCUCUUUCUAACACGCUUGAAGACUACUUUCCUUCUGAAAGAUAACAAAUUUAAAAGGAUUAGGUGGGUACAUGCGGAAGGGUACACAUAGCCCAAAUGUUACCAUGUACUAUUGGAAAGAGAGAGGAUUCAAGCAUGACAAAUCUGAAUAAAGUAGAAGGAUCCAAGCAUAUGGUUCUUGGUUCUUCUUUUGUUUAUUUCUAGAAGAGAAGAAUGUCAUAUUUUAGGUGCCUUGCUCUAUAAGAACUAGGAAAUUAGGGAGAAUUAUCCUGAAACAAAAGGUAAAAUUAUCAUUUUUAAAAAAAUGUACUUCAAGACCCAACCCUAGUAUUAAAAAGAGUCAUGAGAGGAUUGAUACUUUAUACCAUAAAUCUAUCAUGAAAGGAUUGGUAUAGACCUCUUUUGGGACCAUUCUUGAGGUCCCUAGCAUUGUAUUCUUUUUUUUUUAUUUAUAAAAGAGAGGAUAAGCAAUCGGCACCAUUUCCCAUGGAAGUGCUAUAGAGUGCCUUCAGGUUUUGAUUCUAAUUUUAAGGUCAAUUCUAGAUCCAUUUCUUAACAAAUUUAAUUGUAAUCCUUUUCCUUUAAUAUAAAGGAAAUUUAUUAUAUUGUCCAUUGCCUAAGUGUAUAGCCUGCUGUUCUGAUGACCGGUUAUGGUUUACAACCAUUUUGGGUAUAUUUUGGAGGAUGCUUCAUUGUUAUCACUGGAAAAUUGGAUGUUAAGCCUAACCAAAAGAUUUGAGGUGGAAGGCCAAUGGUCAAGCUAUUUGGUUUGAGUUAGGACAACAACUACGAACUUGGCUUGUGUCAAACUUGAUAUUGAGUUGAGAUUUCUUGAUGCAAACCCUGUUUGAGGGUGAAAAAAACUCAAGAUCGAACCCCUUGUUAUGACCAUACUUAUCAAAUCUUAUCCCAACUAUUUAGGAUUAGCUCUACGAAUUCUAACUUGCUAAAGUUUUUCUGCAAAAUUAUCUCCAAAAUAAUCUGAAACCUUUUUAUAAGGUAAUAAUUUGGCUAAUCCUUAUUCCCUUUUCAAAUUAGCAAGCUGCUCAUUAGAUAGGAAAGAGGCACUCUAACAUUUAAGCAUGUGAAAUAUAGAUCCAUUUCAUCAUAGUUGGUAAUUUUCUAUAAUAGUCAACCCUCUAUCUUUUUGAAAACCUAACAUGAUAUUAAUUCUUGGUCGACCAUACAUGAGCCAACCUUGACCUACCUUGAUCCAACCAAUCUAUCCUAGCUUGACAUGCUUGAGAUAAUCUAAACAUAGCUAAUUUUGACCUAACACAACUCCAUAUGGUUUUUGGAGAACAAACAAUUAAAAAUAAAGCAAUCAACCAACGACUAAACUUCAGCUAAGAUGGUACAACCUCUUGCCACUUAAGACAAGGAGCGAGGGUUCGAUUCUGAAAGGUGUUGAUCCUCGUUUUGAUCCCCACUACUCGGCAUAUACCGCGAUUCCAUGCAUGCUAUAUCUAUCUAAGGAGUUGAGUUUCUAUAAACCCCCCAAUCAAAAAAUAAAGAAAAAGUUGAUCAACCAAUUUCUAACAACUAACUAGCCUCCUAACCCAAUCCAUAUGACUCUAUUGAUAAUCAAGCCGUGUAAAGUUUGGCCAAACAAUCUAAUCCACGCAGUCCCUAAUACAAGCCAUGGUCAAUCAGAAUGAGGCCAGGUUUGGUUAGUUUUUGGCAUGGCUAAUUGGAGGGGAAUUUGUUGACUUACUGUUAAGAGAGAGACUAGCUAGUUCUAGUUUGUACCUCAUAACACGGACUAAUCCGUUUAAAAUACUCUUUUGCUUGCAAUACAAGUAAGUGCUAAUUUACCAAGCAUUUGGCAUGGCUCGCGGAACCUUCCCUUCCCCUUGCAUCACCUCACAAGAUACCACUUCCGUCCCUUAACAGCUAUUGGUUUCUUUAAAAAAAGGAUUGCUUGCCCCGUUUUUCCACCAGACAUCGUUGGCUUUGUCCUAAACAAAGGCCAUAACCAGUCCUAAACAAGAGCCUUGCCACCAUUUUAGAACAACCAGAAGUUGUAGAAACAAACGCCAGCCUAUCCAUUUGAGCAAGCAAGAAAGCAAAAUUUAAGAUCUCCAUUUAGCCUUCUCCAUUGCCAAGCCACAAGAAGAUGAAGAGAGAAGGAUGGCAGCAUGGAAUGGUUAGGAGGCCAAGCAUUAUUUUGCAACCACCAUGCAAUCCAAGGCACGACGGCAAGAUCUUCGAUAGCUCCGGCGUGCCUCCGACCGCUGGAACUUGCACCAAGGCGUCAUCCAAGCCCACCAACCAUUGGAAAUUCGGCGGCAAGUGCCGACGGGCUAGGUGUCAGGAGUGCCACUCCCACCCCAUAUCCAAGUCCAGGAACAAGGCCAAAGGUACGUACAAGCUCAAGGCAUGUGAUGUUGCUUUGAACCACAAGUUGGUAUCAUGGCGCAUCGUCGUGGACGAGGAAAGAAUGGUGAAUCUCCGAGGGGCAUCGGCGAGCGAGAUCUUGAGCCAUUUGUCUGGCAACUGCUGCAACAAAGGAUAUGAGGAUGACGAUCACACAGUAGAAGAUGAUGUAGAAUUUGGCCAUGGAGAUUCUUUUCCAGAGCCUGUUGAUUUGACGAUCGAAGAAGAAGAGGAAGAGGAGGAGGCUGGGCCGAGCUGCUCGAGUGGCGACGAAGAUGGUGGUGACAUGGGAUUCUAUGUGGUUGAGCUUUCUUGGGAUUACUUGGAUGAAGAAGAUUGGCUUGUGGUGGGGGAGAAAUGAGCUUUCAGCUAAGACAAAACGUAGGGAAGAGAGAACUUAUUUCUCUUUCUAUUCUACUCUUUCUUCUCCUCCUGUUGUUUUAUUUCAUUUCAGCCAAAAAUGUUUAUCAUCUAGAUCUAUGGUCGUGUAUCAUAUGUUGAACUUUUGUAAAUUAUCUAUGAAAUGAUCCAAGAAAUCAAUUAUUGAUUCAGAGAAA